CUUUGUCCAUCUUGUCCCUGCUGUUCAUGUUGGAGGGAAGGAAGCCCGCGCUGGCUACGACGUCUGUCAUGGAGGACUGCGAGUCCAAGAGCUGCGGGGACGGCCGCAACAUCACCUAUCCCUUCUGGCUCGACGGCCAGCAGCAAUCCUACUGUGGCUACUCCUCCUUCAGGGUCACCUGCAAGAACAACAGCUACAGCCCUGUGAUGACCUUCCUAGACCGAGAGUUUUAUGUCAUCGACAUCUUCUACGACAACCGAUCGCUCAUCCUCACUUCUAUCGAGUUCCUCGAUCAGCAGUGCCCGUUGCCUUACACCAACGUCACUACUAAUACCAAUUUCUACCCGCUCAGCGUCAGCCCCCUCAACACGGAGGUCUACUUCCUGCUCAAUUGCUCCGAUAAAGUGGAAGGUGUUGGCGAUAACCAUUCCGUUGUUGCUGGGAUUUUUCCUGCUAUGCUGUGUAAUCGUAGUCGUGCGGAUGAAGAGAAACAGAGCAGCAAAGUCGAUCAUGAACGACUCUGAGGAUUCACUUCUGCAUAAUACUGGAGUAGCUCUAAUCAACAUAGGGAUUCUACCUUCCUACGACUUAUCUACAAUAAAAGCUGCAGCAAAUGAUUUCUCUGAUGAAAAUAAACUCGGUGAAGGAGGAUUUGGUGUUGUUUACAAGGGUCAGUUGCAAGAUGGACAAAAGAUUGCAGUCAAAAAAUUGUCAAGAUACUCUUCGCAAGGUCCAAAUGAGUUCCAAAAUGAACUUUCACUGAUAGCCAAGUUACAACACAGAAAUCUUGUUCGACUUUUGGGAUCGUGUAUUGAAGGAGAUGAGAGACUCAUCAUCCUUGAAUACAUGGAAAAUAAAAGCUUAGACGCCUUCAUUUAUGAUCAAGACUCUCUCUUGAGGGUCAUCCAUCGUGAUCUUAAGCCGAGUAAUAUCCUCCUUGACAAGGAUAUGAUUCCAAAAAUUUCAGAUUUUGGCAUUUCAAGGAUAUUUGAAGGAGAUGGAGCUCCGGAGAAUGCAACUACUAGGCCAAUUGGAACAAUGUAA